CACGAACACUUACGUUUACUUCACAUCCACAACUUCGCUAGAAUGCUCAGCACUUCCUUCCCGAGCCCUGCGCACUUGGCUCUCUCCGACAGCGAGAGGGCCGCCCACCCCAACUCCUUCGUCUCCGAGGUCGACAACGCCGUCCUCCCGCGUGUGCGCUUCCACCACACCGGCGACGUCUAUGUCCGCGGCAUCCAAGUGCUCGCCUUCUGCCGCACCAUCGCCUCGCCGGAGUUCGAGUCCAUCGCCCGCCAGGUGCGCAGGCUGGAUAUGGACUUCGAAGACGUGCGGCCCACACGAGCUGGACUCGAAAUGGUCGCGAACGCCCUCGCCGCGAUGUCCAACCUCGACGAGCUCGUCCUCCUCGGACUACCCUCCCGCGAGGCCGACGGCUGGGUCCUCCGCAAGGUCACCGGCAGGCUGCGGCUCUUCUGCACGAACCUCUCGAUCGUCUCGUGGGACAUGCUCGACUUCCUUCGCAGGCAACAGGACAUCGUCCACCUGGGCACCCGCUCGCCCCCAGCGUCGGAGGCCCCGAUGAGGAACGCAUACCAGCACAUGCCCUUCCCCACGGAUGUCGUCCCCCGCCUGCGCACGCUCGACUCCCCCGCGCCCGUGCUCCUGUCGCUGCAGGCAGCGUCGCCGCCGACAAGGCCGCUCACGCACAUGCGCAUCGACCUCAACAAGCUCCACCCCAACGUCGAGAGCGAGGCGCUGAAGGCGCUGGCUGCCUUCAGCUCCACGGUCAAGCGUCUCAGCUUGUGCCGCAGCGCCCUCCGACUGUCGCCUGCGUCGGAUCGCUCAGGAGCGAUGUGCAUGGCAUCGGUCAUCAACCGCAUCGCGAUGAACAGGCGGUGGGCGAAAUUGGAGUUUCUCGAGAUGCGCGAUGAAUCUUACGAUGCAGUGAGUAUAACGUCAUGCCUGUCACUGCACCUAUGCUCACCGCACUGCCAGUCUGCCAUCCCUGGUCUCUCCCAGGCAAUCUCACGGUGCUGCCCCGCCGUUGAGACCAUCGUCUGGGCACCCUCGACCCAUCCUGCAGGCAGUACGGCGUCAGCGGCGUGCAUCGCGAUCAUCUUUUUCACCUUCUCUCGCCACCUCCGCCAGUUCAUCUUUCUCGAUGACGCCAGUGACCCCGCAAACAAGAAAUACCUGUCGGUCGCGAAGCAGCAGGGUGGCGAGCUCCGGGCAGUGCCCGUAGGGGCAACGGAAGUGGAGGGGAUGUGGAAACAGUCAUGAGAAGAACAUACGAGAAGCAACAGGAAAUGGGCAUAGAACACACUGUAAUUGUGUACCUCGUAGAGCAUAUUAAUGGGUUUUUGGCGUCAUGCGUUA